UUUUUCACCAACAACACACAACACAGCACAAACUCUCUCUCUCUCUCUCUCUCUAAAUCAAUCAAUCAAGAUGAAGAUGAACAGCAGCAGCAAGAGAAGAAUUUCGAGCAGAGGCUUCGGAGGUGUUCUAAGAGAACAGAGGGCCAAACUCUACAUCAUUCGACGAUGCGUCGUUAUGCUUCUCUGCUACCAUGACUGAUCCUUUCCAUUUUUCUUAGCUAGCUAGACUGUAAAUUAAAUAGAUUUAGCCUCAAUUCUAGCUUCACAAUUUUGUACCCAUCAAUUGGCCUAACCGCCUUUUUUUUGUAUUAUACAUUAGUCACUAAUUGAAAUGAUAAUAUCCUUCAUGCGAUAUAAUAUUCUUCUUCAA